GCGUCGGUCAGUUAUUACAGUUGUUUGUUUACCUUUUUUAUUCAUACAAAAGAAACCAAAAAAAAAACAUAACGAACCCGAAAUUUCUAAUAACAUCAAUAUUCAACGUCUCUUUUUAAUUCGUACAUUCUUUUGUCUCAUAUGCCAAAAUGCAACAAACCGCGCGGAAGAAAAAUUUGUUAAUAAUUGAAGAAAGCGCCAAUCGCAAGCUUAUGCAGAAUUUGCUCUUUGAGGUCGCAGUAAAGUACGCUACCAGCAAUAAAUACGUUAUUUUCGUUACCGAAAAGCCGAUAGAUCAAGUCUCGCGGAAAGUGUUGCAUGAUUACAACAAUAUUUACAAGAUGAUUAUAUUCAUUUACACUAAAUCUGUACAGACUGCACUGCAAAAGCUGAAUGAUAUCCAGCAGUGGAAUUUCACCCCGAGUCUAGUGAUAAUCGAGUCCAUACAUGAUUUGCUGCAUGCUAGCGGCGAUCAUACCAACUAUAUGCACUGUCUAUUCAUAUCGACGGUUCUCGAUACGGUGCAAUACUUUUCUCAGAAGCAACAUGAUAGCUGCCAAUGUAUAUUCAGUGUUACUAAAGAUAUUUUUACAACAGGAAAAGUAUCAUUCGAAAUGUACUUCCGGGAGGAAAACGUUAUCGAUGGUCAAACAAUAACUUCGUGUACGGAUUUUCUCGACAUUCUGAGAGAAUGUUUAGUUACGCAAUAAUUUUUUCUCAAAUCGCUUAUUUUUACAGGCUCAGUUACAUAAGUUUACUGCUAACUGUAUUGUUACAAGUAUAUAUAAACAUUUUUCCUUAAUUCUAAAUUUAAUAAAGUAGAAAAUCGA